UCUUAUAUAAGCCCGAAUUCAAUCGAACAUCAACUGCAGUUUAGUUCUGUGCGCAUUUCAAGUCGAUAGCUGAGAAACUUUCCCAUCAUGUUGAAGCUGGUAUUCCUUUUGCUCGCCGCCCUCCUCGCUCUGGCUAUGGCUGUGCCGGCUCCUGUUCCCGGUCCGAAUCCCGCUCCCAAUCCACAAUUCUUUUACUCAGCAGGCUAUCCAGCUGUGGGAUAUGCUUCGCCCUAUGUUUACUAUGGUUAAACGAUCCCAUUGAUGAUAAUAAACACUUUUAAAUGCAAUUGAAAAACUAAAAA